AUGACCUCGACAUUGAAUAUUAAUCAUUUGCCAAAGCCUAUACUGCCAACCCAUCCCCUAAGGAAAGAUACAUACGACGGCCACUCCGACAACUUUACCCCCAUCGUAAUUGACAACGGUGCCACCACUCUUCGUUGGGGCUGGGGGACCGAAGAUGAAUCAUGGUUACCCUACCAAGGCCCAAACUGUAUUGCAAAGCUCAAAGAGCGUCGCACAAACAAACCUCUUCUUCUAUUUGGAGAGGCAAUUGAGCUUGAAAGUGGUGCUAGAGCGCAAGCUAAAAGUCCUUGGGAGGGGGAUGUCCUAUUGAACUUUGACGCGAUGGAGAACGUGUUGGAUUAUGUUUUUAUCCAGCUCGGAAUCGAUCAUCCCGACAUAGACAACCCUGUCGUGAUGACGGAAAGACUUUGCACCCCCCUCCAUUCGCGAAUGUUGACCUCCGAACUUAUUUUUGAACUCUACUCCUGCACUGGUUUGACCUACUGUAUCGAUGCGAUCAUGUCUUUCUACGAAAACAGCUGCAAAUACCCAUUAUGGCGUGAAUAUAACACCGAGUGCUCGUUUAGAUCCGACGGUCUUGUCCUCUCAUUCAAUACCGCUUCAACCUCCGUCAUACCAGUAUUAAAUGGGAAAGGAAUUCUCAGCCAUGCGAAACGGAUACCCUGGGGCAGCUCCCAAGCGUCCGAUUACCUCUUGAGGUUAAUCCAGCUCAAGUACCCCAACUUCCCAACACGUGUAACAACAGUUCAAACAAAUUGGAUGCUUCAGAACCUCUGUGAAAUUUCAACUGAUUAUCCGGCCCUCCUUCGCCAAUUGAAAGAUCCCCUGAAACUACGUGCCUCUGAGCAAGUGAUACAGUUUCCUUUUGCCCUUCCUGUUGUCGAAGAAAAAACAGAAGAAGAAUUGGCAAGAAUUACGGAGAAGAGGAGGGAACAGGGUCGGAAGUUGCAAGAAAUGGCUGCGAAAACCAGGAUGGAAAAGCUCGUGCAAAAGGAGAACGAUUUGCAAUACCUGCUUGCUUUGAAGGAGGGGAAAGCACGGGAUAGCAAGCGGGAUUGGGCGAAUAAACUGCAAAACGAAGGUUUCGACAGCGAUUCAGCCUUGAAUGACAUGAUCAAGAAACUCGAAAACGACGUCAAGAAAGCACGUAAGAAAGAAGCUGGGGAUGGUGACGACCAGCCUGUAGAAGAACCCACAUUCAAUCUAGUCGAUGUCCCUGAUGCUGACCUAGACGAAGAGGGCCUCAAAGAGAAACGCAGGCAAAAGCUCUUAAAAGCCGGCUUUGAGUCACGCGCACGCGCGCGAAAAGAGAAAGAACGCGAGCGAGAAGAAAAGCAACGCGAGGAGAAGCGAGAAGAGGAAGAACGCGAAAUGGAUUUGAAUGGUUGGGCAAGAAAGCUCAGGCAAGAGCAGGAGGUAAGUGCUGAUAAUUCUAUCAAAGAGAAAGCGGCUCUGAGUGAUAGGAAGAGCGCUGCUGCACAGGCCCGAAUGAAGAGUAUCGCUAACUUGGCUUCUGACGACCGCGUUCCAAAGAAGAAACGCAAAGGCGGAGGAGGUGAUCCCCGCGACAUGUUCGGUGCAGACGAUGCCGAUUGGGCCAUUUAUCGUAAAAUCGUACGUUCAACCACCUCAGAAUACGAAGAAGACGAUCUUGCCCAACUAGCCACUGUGGAACAGAAGCUUCUUGCGUAUGAUCCAACAUUCACACCACAACAUACCCACGCAUCGAUAGCCACCAAACGCUCUGCCCUGCUAUCAGCCUUUCGACCGACAUAUGAGGAAGGUGAUGUUGAAGGUGUGUUUUGCCAUGCCCGUAUUCAUCUGUCUACGGAAAGGUGGCGAGUGUGUGAGACCUACUUUGCUCCUUCAAUGGCAGGUGUCGACUCGGCUGGUUUGGGAGAGGUAAUCCAAAACGUUCUAGCCCGCUUUACCGAAGAAGAGAAAGGGCGCCUUGUAAAGAAUGUAUUCCUAACAGGAGCCCCAUCCCAGCUCCCUGGCCUCGUCCCGCGAUUGCAAGCGACGCUCCGCCCGAUACUACCUCCUGAAAUGUCAUUUGAGAUUGUCAAGGCUAGAGAUCCUGUGUUGGAUGCUUAUAACGGGAUGGCCAGGUUUAGUCGAACUACGGACUUGAAUAAAACCUGGAUGUCCAGGGAUGAGUAUUAUGAACAUGGUCCAGAACGAAUCCGGAGAUGGUGGGGAAGCAAUUGGGAUAACGCAUUACCCCCAAAAUCAGACCGUUGA